AUGGUCACAAUACCUAAAAGUAUCGAACGACAGAGACGUAUAGUACAAAAUUAUUUACUCAUUUGUUUAGAUGAGUCUUUGGACGAAACAAACAAAGAUUACAAACAUAUUUUAGCACAAAUACAAACCGGUGCCGACAAUGUCAGCGUCUUUACACAGAGAGAUCAAUGUAUCGAUUUUCUUUCCGAUAGUGAAGACAUCAAGUCUUUUCUCGUUGUCGAGAACAUUAUUGCUCAACACAUUAUACCUCUCAUCCAUGAUAUUUCUCAGUUGGAUGGUGUUUAUAUCUUCAGUAGCAUCAAAUCCUUACCUGAAGAAUGGACCAAAAACUGGCAAAAAAUCAAAAGUGUCCAUACUGACAUCAACGACCUGUAUCAAACAUUACAACUGGAUGUCAAGCAAUACAAGCAAAACUCAAUUGCUAUGAGCUUUGUCACCGUAAAUGAAAUGUCUUCAACUGAUGGUUUAAAUCAGGUGGAUCCAACAUUUAUGUAUACCCAAAUAUUCAAGGAUAUUCUUCUAAAUAUGGAACAUGGUAAACAAGCCAUUAAACAAUUUACAGCUUAUUGCCGACAUCUUGACAGUGGAUCGGAAAAAAAUAUUGAUGAAUUUGAAAACAAAUAUGAUGCUCAGUCUGCUAUUUAG